AUGGAGAAUUGCUCAGAAGUGAAGGAGUUCAUCCUUGUGGGAUUAACAGAUGCCCCUGAGCUUCAGGUCCCCCUCUUCAUAAUAUUCAUCAUCAUCUAUCUCAUCACCUUGGUGGGGAACCUGGGAUUAGUAAUUCUGAUAUUGGGGGACUCCAGUCUUCACACACCCAUGUACUUUUUCCUCAGUAACCUCUCUCUGGUAGAUUUGGGUUACUCUUCAACCAUUACUCCUAAAGUGAUGGCUGGAUUCCUCCCAGGGGACAAAAUCAUUUCCUAUAAUGGAUGUGCUGCACAAAUAUUUUUCUUUGCCUACUUUGCAACAACUGAAAGCUAUCUCUUGGCUGCUAUGGCCUACGAUCGCCAGGUUGCAGUGUGUAAGCCCCUCCAUUAUACUACCACCAUGACAUACAGUGUAUGUGCUUGGUUGAUUAGUAGUUGCCAUAUCUGUGGUUUUCUUUUUGCCUGCAUUCACACAGGAAACACCUUCAGCCUCUACUUUUGCAAUUCCAACUUGAUUCAUCACUUUUUCUGUGAUGUUCCACCCCUCUUGGUUCUCUCCUACUCUGUCUCCUACAUUAAUGAACUAAUUGUUUUCUUUGCAGUAGGUUUCAGUGUAUUCUUUGGGCUUUUUUUCAUUCUUAAAUCCUACUUUUUAAUUUUUAUUUCCAUUAUGAGGAUGCGUUCAGCUGAGGGCCACCAGAAAGCAUUCUCUACUUGUGCUUCCCAUCUCACAGCUGUGUCCAUAUUCUAUGGAACAAUAAUCUUCAUGUACUUACAACCCAGCUCCAGGCAUUCCAUGGACACAGAUAAAAUGGCGUCAGUGUUCUACACCAUAGUAAUUCCCAUGUUGAAUCCUCUGGUCUAUAGUCUGAGGAAUAAGGAAGUCACUAGUGCUUUUAGGAAAAUCAUAGAAAAGACAAAGUCUUAA